AUGUUAUUAAACAAUUCAAUAUGCUAUUUUUUAGCUUCUAUUAUGCUUCAUGCUUCAGAAAGCAAUUGCGAAAAAUAUUCUCAUAACGGCUUCUGUUAUGUGAAGGAUAAAGGAAGUGCGGAUGAUGAGCGUAUAUUUUGGCGAUGUGAUGAGAAAGGUAAUGGCUCUAAGGUUUAUUCGGCUUGUCACGCAGCAUAG